AUGUUUGCUUCUACGCUUUUGCCUGCUGGAAAUCUGCCAAAAAUCAUUGCGUUUGUUGGAAUUCUUGCUGUUUACAAUGGCUUGCAAUGCUUUGUUCCGUCCAUGAGAAUGACUCCUCGAAUUUACUCCAAACAGCCUGCUCAAGUAACACCAUUGAUGAGUCGCAUGAUGGGAACUUGGACAAUCACAUCCGCUAUAGUUCGUCUUUAUACUGCGUAUAAUAUGAAUGAUCGAUCUGCAUACCAUAUGUGUAUGUGGACUUAUGUCAUUGCGUUGUCUAGCUUUUCUUUGGAAGUAUUUGUUUAUCGUACUGCACCAUUGUCAUCGCCAGGUGUUUUUCCAGCAAUGAUCAUUUCAUCUGGACUUUUGGUUUCCAUGUUUUCAUACUAUUCAUUUUAUAUUUUGUGA